AUGACAGGAGUGGAGGCGUCUGAAAUCCGCCUAGGCGUCGCUGUGUUUGGAAGAGUUUCUGGCUUCCCGUGGUGGCCUGCCGUAGUGAGCAAAUGCGAGCCCUCUGGUGAAUGGCGGAAGGAUGGCAAGUUUUGGGUCCGUUUCUUCAACGACCACACGGGUUCCUGGCUCAAGAGUUCGGAGAUUCGCUCCUUUGACGAUUAUAACACGGACCGCUGCCUCGAGCACAACCACAAGGUACCUAAGUUUCGCCGCUAUUCCGACAGAGUGUACAAGGCGUGCUCCCUCGCGGAAAAGUACAUCUCAAGCCCGAAACGAAUACGGAUUCGCGUCCUGGGGCCGCGUGGGACGGAUGGCGUGCCUCUCGGAGAUGAACAGGAAGUCAUUUCUAUCAGUGCUGCGGAUGCACCCGUCAAAGAGGAGGAGAGUGACCCGUCGGGUCAUGCAACGGAGCAUCGGAAGAAUAACUAUGCCCGAUCGGGUAAGUCUGCUGGCAAACGGAAGAGAAACCAGCCCUCUUCAGAUGACAAUUCUGUGGAAGAAGAACCCAUUGAAAAUAAGCCUACGCGUCGGGGGUCGAAGAGCACAGCAGGAGAAGAGCGGACGAAACGCAAGCGAGUGAGAUCACUGCGUUAUGUAGAGUAUAUGAGUCCUAUGGAAGCUCGCAUGGCACAUAGGCAAAUUGGCCCUAAUGUCGAGCACAAUGGAAAACAUAGCCACAAUGACACCGAUUUGGGCUUGCUGGACUAUUCCCCACCAAUGGGUUUGCAAAGUGAAGCUGAAAGGCAUCUAAGAAGACCAAAAACAAAUGACAAUCCCGGCCUCUCCAGGAAAUUAUCCUUGAAAUCAAGCAAAACAACAUCAGAGAGAAGCACAGAAAAGCGAAGAGUGAGUGGACGAGGAUCUCUUUCGGAAGGCUCAUUGCACAUAUUGCCAAAAAAGGUGGAGCCUAAACUGGUAAAACCGGCCUCCGAGCGAAGCGAAGAAAGUCAAGAUGCAAGCACUGAAACUAGAAGAGCGCGCAGUCUAGGGUGCAUGCCGUCCCAAUGGGGGCUAAUCGUCGACAGCUACCAAAAAGGUUAG